AUGUCCACACCAACAACAAAACCCCAGCCGACCUCCGAGGAGAUCUCCGAACUCCUGCUGUGCGCCCGCUACGGCGACGAAGAGGACCUGGAAGAGAUGCGAGCGUUCGUGGACAAGUACGGAGCUGAAUGGCUCGCAGACGCCAAGGACGAAAGGGGGAAUACGUGUUUGCAUUUGAGUGGCGCGAAUGGGCAUGAUCGUACGUUUUCCUUUUUGCGUCGGGUGAAUUGGGAGGAAAAGUGUGCUACAAUGCAGCUCUGGGCGCACGCUCUCGGCGAGCUGCUCUCAGCCAGGGCGUGAGCAACCCUCGUCCAUCCCAGAUCAAAGUCGUCCUCGUGUAGCUGAUCCCUCUUCAGCAUUUUGCAGGAAUCAUCACCUACCUACUACCCCUCCUACCCCCUACAUCCCUGACCGCCUCGAACGAAGCGCUCUCAACCCCGCUGCACUGGAUCUCGCUCAACUACCACCUCUCGACACUGCACCGACUCUGCCCCCAUCUCCCGCGAUCCGCCUACGAUCUCAAGAACCUGAAAGGCAAGACCGCCGUUCAAGAAGCCGAAGAAGCGUGCGAGAGCUUCGUCGUGGAGGAGAAGGAUCAGGAUACACCUAGGGGGAAGGAGAGGGUCAGGAGGGAAAAAGUUGUGGGGUAUCUGUUGGAGAAGAUGGGGUUGGGGGUUGGGAAGAAGGGCGACGGUGAGAGCGGUCGGGGAGUAGAUGGGGAGGAGGUGAUCAAGGCUGGGAGUGCGGAGGGGAACGAGGAGGAGAUUGAGAGAUUGACCAAAGAGGCGGAGAGGAUCGAAUUGGAACAGAAGGAGAAGGCAGCGCAGGCUUGA